AUUGGGAGGAAGUUCCGGAGAGCCGCGGCGCGCAAACGCGACACGCCAACCUUGCGCCAGCGCGCCGCGAGUGCGCAGGCGCCGCCACUCUGCUGCUCUUCCUCGUCCCUCUGCCCACAUCAGGCUGUCGGGUCCUAUGUCGCGCCGGGCCCUCCGGAGGCUGAGGGGGGAACAGCGCGGCCAGGAACCCCUAGGGCCCGACGCCUUGCAGUUUGUCCUCCCUGCUGACGAUGACGCAGAGGAAGAGGGACCAAAACCGGGGCUGGGUGGCCGGCGCCCCGGGGGUGCAGGGAAGGAAGGAGUCCGUGUCAACAACCGGUUCGAGCUGAUAAACAUCGAGGAUCUGGAGGAUGACCUUGUGGUAAAUGGGGAGCGGUCUGACUGUACCCUGCCAGACUCCGCGUCAUCAGGGAACAAAGGAAGGGCUAAACACGGAAACGCAGAGACCAAGCAAGCUGGAGAUGCAACCAAAGCAGGGUCCCCGGAACAGUCUAAUGCAAGUGGCAAACUCCGAAAGAAGAAAAAGAAGCAGAAAAAUAAGAAAAACUGCACAGGAGAAGCCUCGGAGAAUGGACUAGAAGACAUCGAUCGCAUCUUAGAGAGGAUUGAGGACAGCAGCGGGUUCAGCCACCCCGGCCCCCCUCCGCUGAGCUCCAGGAAGCAUGUCCUGUAUGUGGAGCACAGACACUUGAAUCCAGACACAGAACUGAAGAGGUAUUUUGGUGCUCGAGCGGUCCUGGGCGAGCAAAGGCCUCGACAGAGACAGCGUGUAUAUCCCAAGUGCACAUGGCUGACAACCCCUAAGAGCACCUGGCCCCGGUACAGCAAACCAGGUCUAUCAAUGCGGCUGCUGGAGUCCAAGAAGGGCCUCUCGUCCUUCAUGUUCGAGCACAGUGAAGACUACCAGCAAGCACAGCAUAAGUUCCUGGUGGCCGUGGAGUCCAUGGAGCCAAACAACAUCGUGGUUCUGCUGCAGACGAGCCCCUAUCACGUGGACUCCCUCCUGCAGCUCAGUGAUGCCUGCCGCUUUCAGGAGGACCAGGAGAUGGCUCGAGACCUUAUAGAGAGAGCCCUGUACAGCAUGGAGUGCGCCUUUCACCCCUUGUUCAGUCUCACCAGUGGCACUUGCAGGCUGGAUUACCGCAGACCCGAGAACAGGAGCUUCUACCUGGCCCUCUACAAGCAGAUGAGUUUCUUGGAGAAGCGUGGAUGCCCACGUACCGCACUGGAGUACUGCAAACUCAUCCUGAGCCUGGAGCCGGAUGAGGACCCCCUGUGCAUGCUGCUGCUUAUUGACCACCUGGCCCUCCGAGCCCGGAAUUACGAGUACCUGAUCCGCCUCUUCCAGGAAUGGGAGGCUCACAAGAACCUAUCCCAGCUCCCAAAUUUUGCCUUCUCAGUUCCAUUGGCCUAUUUCCUUCUGAGUCAGCAAACAGACUUACCUGAGCAGGAGCUCAGCUCUGCCAGGCAGCAGGCUUCCCUCCUGAUACAGCAGGCACUCACCAUGUUCCCUGGAGUUCUUAUGCCAUUGCUGGAGUACUGCAGUGUGCGGCCUGAUGCCACAGUCUCAAACCACCGCUUCUUUGGGCCGGAUGCUGAGAUAAGCCAGCCUCCUGCCCUGGGCCAGCUGGUGAGUCUGUACCUCGGGAGGUCACACUUUCUUUGGAAAGAACCCGCCAUUAUGAGCUGGCUAGAGGAAAAUGUCCGUGAGGUUCUGCAAGCAGUGGAUGCGGGCGACCCUGCUGUGGAGGCCUGUGAGAAUAGGCGGAAAGUGUUGUACCAGCGUGCACCCAGGAACAUCCACCGCCACGUGAUACUGUCUGAGAUCAAGGAGGCUGUUGCUGCUCUUCCCUCGGAUGUGACCACACAGUCUGUGAUGGGGUUUGACCCUCUGCCUCCCCUGGACACCAUCUACUCCUACGUCAGACCAGAGAGGAUGAGUCCAGUCAGCCACGGAAACACCAUCGCCCUCUUCUUUCGGUCAUUGCUGCCCAACUACACCACAGAGCGUGAAUUGGCAAGGCCAUGAAGUCUGGAUCCAUGUUCUACUACUGCUCGUGGGUCAGCGGUGGCCUGGGGAGGGCAGGCCCGAGGGGCAUGGCAUCCACCAGUGCCUCACCUACUCCUGGGUUUGGUGGGAUGAUCUACACCCGGUCCCGGGGAGGGUCACUGCUCAGAUGGUCCCAAUUCAAUGUGUACAUCCCAGUGUCCAAGCUGGAAUGGCCUGUGGCAAGUUUCAUCUAUGGGGAAGAGGGAGAAGAGGUGUGUGUUCUGGAAAUGACAAGCAAGCACAGAAAACCUGGCAUCCUGCCUCUUCCUUUCAGCAGCUGUAAGUCCAUCCAGAUGAGGAUGUGACAUCUGGAGCUGCAGCAGCUAUUCUGCAACCACGAGACAACGAAUUCCAAAUGAAGAUCCAUGCUCUAGGAACCGUGAAGCAGAGGAACCCUGGGCCUUUGGGACCACCCCACCUCCAGGCCUGCUUCCUGAGAGGCCAUCAAAAGAUCAGCUUCAGAAGUGCUGCUCAGACUUUCAACUGAACCCACCUCUAAUGGUGAAAAAUAAAACCAGUCCCUCACACCAUCUCUGGACAUCAUCGGGAAAAGUAACUUUGAGACAGAGUCUCACUGUGUAACCCAUAGUGGCCUGGAGCUUGCUCUGUAGACCAGGCUGCCCUUUACUCUGUAGACCAGGCUGGCCUUGGAGAUCUGCCUGCCUCUGUCUCCCAAAUGUUAGGAUUAAAAGAAUACACCACCACACCUAACCUGCAUGUCAUCUAAACAGCUUUAAAGUCUGGCCUGUCACCCAGCUAGGGGUGACAGUGUAUCCCGCUCCUCCUGUUCCUCCCUGGCCCUCCUCUGUCUCACAAGAGGCGCCUGCCUAUGUGUUCCUGUGCAGAAUUGUUGGUCAUUUGUGCAUCUUCAUGUAGUCAGGGAGAAAACCUGUUUGCUGCCUCUCAGAGAACAGAAGAAAUGAAAGACUUUGAAACAAAGACAUGGUGACAUGGCCUUUCUAACCUUUUUUUUCUUUUUAACGUGUGUGGGUGUUUUGCCUGAAUGUGUGUCUGUGCACCAUGUAUAUUCCCACAGAAACCAGAAAAGGAUAUACAAAAAGCUGUCGCGUCCCUUGAAACUGGAGUCAACAAUAUUCCUUCUUCCUUUCUAUUUCCUUUGUUGUUUAUUUAUUUGCUUAUUUUUUGAGAACAGGAUUUCUCUGUAGCUCUGUCUGUCCUCUCCUGGGACUUGCACUGUAGGUGAGGCUGGCCUCAGAAUCACAGAGAUCCACCAUCUCUGCCUCCUGAGUGCUUGGAUUAAAGGCGUGAGCUACCAUGGCCUA